AUGAGAUUUCUGGGAGGAGGGGCAAGCUUGCCUACAAUUUUAUCGUUAGUCGCGACAGUAGGUUUAAUUCUCGUGAAUAUCGGUGUGCCAAUAACUCGUAUUGAUACUGCCUUAUUGCAAAUUAACAAGAAUGGAUAUGUUAUAUUGAGUGGUUUAUGGGGUGCAUGCAAUAUAACUCGCGAUAUUUGUUCUAAACCAAAAAUCGGGUAUCAAAUCAAUCAUCUGACUAAUACUAUACUUGGUUAUUUGGCAGUAACGCACAUAUUAGCGGCAGUUCUUUCCUUUACUCUAACAUGUAUGGGAGGAUGGGCACAUAAACGUGAAGCACGUAAACCUCUGCUAAGAUCAGCAGCACGCCUUUCAAGUGUUGCGAUUUUUGUUAUUCUGAUAGCAUUGGUCGUCGAUUACUUAGUAUAUAGAGAGCUGCUCCGUUCGAGAAAGGAUUAUCAAGUUGAAUUUGGAAAGGGAUGUGUGCCAAUAACUCAUAUCGAUAUUGCCUUAUUGCGAAUUUACAAUAACGUUAAAUAUGUAUCUGUUGUUACAUUAAGUGGUUUAUGGGGUGCAUGCGACUCGAGUUAUGCUUCUUGUUCUAAACCAAAAAUCGGGUUUCAAAUAAAGCAUUCGGAUAGGACUAUACUUGGUUAUUUGGCAGUAGUACACAUAUUAGCGGCAGUUCUUUCCUUUACUCUGACAUGUAUGGGAGGAUGGGCACAUAGACGUAAAGCACCAUCUCUGCUAAGAGCAGCAGCACGCCUUUCAAUUGUUGCGAUUCUUGUUGAUCUGGUAGCAUUGCUUGUCGAUUACUUAGUAUAUAGAGAGCUAACCAAUUCGGUUGAUGAUUCUUACCAAGUUGAAUUUGGAACGGGAUGGUGGAUAUUAAUCGGAAUACAACCACCGAAUCAGAAUCAUCACAAUCAAGAAAUUCCCAAUAAUCACUUAUUUAACAAUAACAAUAACAAUAAACCUUUUUAUCCAGAGAAUAAUUAUCCACAUUAUGGUCAACGACCAUCAUCGAACAUGUCAGAAAAUACUAACCAUCUUCAUCCAUUACCAACGCCACCAAAUGGAUCUCUACCUCGCAAUUCAUCAUAUCCAGCUCAUUCAAACAAUGCACCAUAUACAACACCACGACCAUUGUUGACACCACCAAGAUUAUCACUUUCCAACCAACAUCCUUCACCUCCUCCAUUGCAAUCUCCUAAUAACGAAGGGAAUUCAAUCUGGGGAAGUGUUCAACAUUAUCCACAAGAUCAAAGAGGUGGAAGUGGUGGAAAUGGUAGAAUAUAA